AUGCUUACAUCGCGAAAGUCGCUAUCAGAUGUGCGCCCAGACAUUAUCAUAACUGGAGGAGGGACAGCCGGAUGUAUCGUUGCCUCUCGACUAUCAGAAGGACUACCCCACCUGCAGAUACUGCUAGUUGAAGCUGGUCCUGACAGCAAAGGAAUUGCUAUAAUCAAUGAGCUGGCGCGAUUCAGAGAGGCCAAAAACUAUUGGGAUUGGGGCUUUAAAACUACUCCGCAGAAACAUUUGAGAAAUCAUCGUGUUGCUAUUGAACGAGGCAAAGUGCUUGGAGGAAGCAGCUGCAUUAAUUGGUUGGCUGUUGUUAGAGGACAUCGACAAGACUGGGAUGAAAUUCAACAGGAAACUGGCAUCACCGGAUGGGGAUACAAGGAUAUGCUUCCCUGCUACAAACGUUUUGAGAACUAUGUGAUGCAACCAGACCUCUCUGAUGCAGAAUUCCGUAGUAAAGGUGGUCCAAUCCCAGUUGUCAGCUUUCCGGUAGAGGGGUAUGGUGCACAGUUCAUCAAGGCUGGGAAUGAUAUUGGGUUUGGACUUGGAUUGAACGGACGUAUUGAUGCCGCGUGUAAGAAGCCGCAUCGGAUGAAUCAUGAUUAUAAUGGAAAGUCGCAAGGUGGAAUAGGACCUAUGCAGGUUGCUGUAAAUCCAGACCUGUCACGAGGAUGCAACACUGCUGCCCAAUACAUACAUCCAUACAUUGAUCCCAAGCUUCCCAAAUUCCGUGCCAACCUACAUGUAUUGACGGAAUCGCUAGUAACCAAAAUCGUGUUUGAUUCUAAUGCAAAAUCAACAGGGAUUGAAUGCUUGGUUGAUGGCAAGACUACCUUGAUACAGGCCGUCCGUGAAGUUAUCGUAUGUCAAGGUGCACUGCAAUCACCACAGCUUCUCAUGCUGUCAGGAGUGGGCCCACGAGCUCAUUUAGAAGAGAAUGGAAUCAAAUGUGUUUUUGACAAUCCUCAAGUUGGACAAAACUUGGGCGACCAUUUGCUAGUUCAUGUCGCAUUCAAAUGUAAAACGGAACCUUCUGGUGGACCGACAGGCCCGAUUGCCUUUUGGAGCACUGAAAAGUAUCUGAAGAGGUGUGCGUCGAGGGGGAUUAAGCGUCCGGCUACUAAUAUGGAAUCUUAUCCUAUAAAAGUGGCGUUGCCGUUUCUCUUGAAGGACAGACAGAAAGAGACGAUAGAUGUCAAGCCUCUCGGUCCUCUCAAACCAGGGCAGACGUUCGAUGCAACCGCGCACAAGCAAAAAGGCUUCAUAACAAACGUCCCCACCGAUUUUGGACCACAUCUCCACUUCCAAAUAGUUCUCAACAAGAUGCAAUCUCGUGGAUGGAUUAAACUUGCAGGCGCCAACCCUUUACUAGCACCACUCAUAAACCCAAAUUACUACGAAGUCAGAGACGAUCUAGUGGAUAUGGUGGAAGGAAUACGCGGUAUUCGCACCAUAGUACAACAGAUGAAACAAUACAUGCCAGACCUCGGAGACGAGAUCGCUGAUGAAGCGAUUCUUGAAGAGACAGAACGUGUGACUUCCACCAAUCGAGAUGAUGCACUUGCAAGUGAUAUGUAUCUCGAAGAGUUUGUGAGAAGACAGUCUGGAACUGUCUGGCAUGUAUGUGGGACGUGUUUGUUGGGGAGUGUGGUUGAUGAGAGGUGUCGAGUUAAGGGAGUGCAGGGUGUGAGGGUGGUUGAUGCUUCAAUUAUCAAUGCACCGGCUGGGAAUACGAUGGCGAGUGUUUGUGCUGUUGCUGAGAGAGCGGCAGAGUUGAUACUGGAGGAGUAUCGGGGUGCAAGGUUGUAG